CUCUUAAAAAAUAAAUAUUUUUGUGUUGAAAUAAAAAUAUUUUCCACCGUUUUUAUGCUCUUUGAUUUCAUCAAUUAUAAAUUCUGAAAGUUUGUCUUGGAAGAUAAAAGUUUAUGUGAAAGUGUCAGAAAUUUUGUCAAUUUUUUAAAAUGUCAACUGAUGGGGGAUCACUUUCAACUUCAACAUUCGGGGAAGGUCAGAUAUACUCUCUUGAAGAAAUCCAUCGGUUUAUUAAAGACUGUGUGAUGGCCGUAGAGACUCCAGAAAAUUAUGCUCAAAUUUUUGCUUCCUGUUUAACUGAAGCUGAUUACAAAGGUCAUUACUGCGAAGGACUAAAUAAAUUAGUAUCGUACAUUGACGAAAUCCGACAAGGUGGUUGUAAUCCUAGUGCGAAUCCAGAAAUUUUAAAAGAAUCACCUGUGACGGCUUGGGUUAACGGAAAUAACGGUUUAGGUGUAGUCGUAUCAAAUUUUUGCAUGAAUUUAGCAAUAAAAAAAGCAAAAGACUCAGGAAUCGGAUGGGUUGUUGCAAAAGGUUCUAACAAUUUUGGAAUCGCGGGGAUUUACUCAGUUAAAGCUCUUGAGGAAGGUUUGCUAGGCAUGAGUUUCACAAACGGAUCGCCGAUGGUAGCACCAACACGUGCUAUGGAAGGUGCUCUUGGCACAAACCCAAUUUCGGUUGCAGCGCCAGGUUUAAAUGGCGAUAGUUUUGUGCUGGAUAUGGCAACAGCUGCUGCUGCAGAAGGAAAAAUUGAAAUGCUUAGUAGAAAAAAAAUGCCAGUCCCUAUAGAUUGGGCAAAUCCCAAAACCGGUGCUUUGAGACCUUUAGGAGGGCAUGAGCCGAACUCGAAUUAUAAAGGAUUUGGGUUAGCUUUUUUUGUUGAGGUUAUUUGUGGAAUUCUCGCUGGCUCUGCUUAUGGUCCCAAUAUUCGGAGAUACGGCAAUUUGGGCCAAAUUGCAAAUCUUGGUCAUUGUUUUGUAGCGAUAAAUCCGGUUUACUUUGCUCCCGGUUUCGAGGAACGGUUAAGCGAUUUAUUGAAUUUUAUCAGGAAUAUGCAACCGGCCGAUCCCGACAAACCUGUGAUGGUUCCGGGAGACCGGGAAAGGGAACAUAUGGCUACGGUAGACCAGGAAGGAGGAGUACACUAUUGUCGGGAUUUGAUAGAAUCUUGCAAUAAUUUAGCAGAAAGUCUAAACGUCUUACCUUUAAGUCCUUUAGGAUAAUAAUUGAUUUAUUAAUUCUCUUGUAAUGUAAAAUAUUUUAUCAACAUAGACUUAGAAUAAAAAUUUACAA